AUGUGUAUGUGUGUUGCAGGCCGAUGGGGACGGAAUGGCGAACGCGCCAGCGCCGCCGGGCGCCACAAGAAAAAGCGCAGACGACCGAGAGAGUGUUGGCAAACUAGAGGUGUGUGAGCCAACUUGUGGCGAUUUAUAGCCCGAGUCUUGUGUGGCGCGGCGCAGCGACUGUCUUGGUUGCCUCUCAUUUCAAUCUAAAUUGGCAAAAAAAAACUUUGAAUGAUUAAAAUAAAAAGAUUGGAAGAGCCGCGUUGUUGCAAACUGCUUUGGAUAGUCUUUUUUCUCAUAAUGUUCGAUACUUAUGAAAAAAUUUGAUUUUAAAAUAUUUUAAUGCUUGAAAAAAGAUUCUCUGCCUCUAUAAUUAAAAAAAGCGAUUAAAAAAAACAAAGAUUGAACCGAUAAAAAUGAAAAGAAAAACGACGGCAAAAUCAAGUUUGAGUUUACCGGUUCUGCAUACUAAAAACCGAUUGUUAAAAAAAAAGAAGUUUUUUAUUAUACCGGCGAAGAAAAAAAUUUUUUAGGCUUAGGUUCAUGAGAAUUUUUGAAUUUUUCUUUUUCGCUUCAGAAAAAAGGCCCAAACUAAAAUAAGAGUAAUAUUUCCUUGGUAAAGAGGCGUUGCUUUGUGUUCCCUAGGAAAUGAAACAAUGCAGUACUAUCGGAAAUGCUCGGCAUGUGUAGACUUGCAAAAAUUCGAACGGCGACUUUUCCGAUUUUUUUAUAUCGCUCGGGCACUUUCCGACGGAGAAGAUUCCGACCUCUUUUCUCAAUAAACUCAUCGCUUUGAAUCUUCCUCUAUAAAGUAGGUAGCUGAUUCAUGAUUAAAACACAAAGAAAUAGGGGAAGAAAAUGUUAAUAAAUGUUUUAUAAACCAAAUAAUAUGAGGGAAAGAAAAGUCGGAAAGGGAUUCGUCGGCAAGUUCCCUAACGGUAUGAAAAAAUCGGAAAAGUCGCCGUUUGAGAAAUUCGAGAAUUCGCUGGCUUUUUUUUCAUAACACCCAGUUUUUUAUAUGUUUGGGCCGGCAAUUGUUUAGAUGAGGGUAUGUGUGAAUAGUGGAAUAGUUUCUCAUCAUGAGGAAAAUGGAAUUCAUCCUUACACACGACGAGAUGCUUUACCAAAUUUUCCGAAUAUCAGACAAAAUUAAACAAAUUUGUAUAUAAAUCUUGACAGGGCAGUUCACGAGCAAAAGCAAAGUAGUUUUCUUAAAGUAAAUUUUUACACAUAAAAUUUUUGUUGGCUUUGUGAAACUUCCCUUUUUCAUAAUGUAAAUAAGACCUUUUCUCAAUAAAAUUGACAAAAAGUGUGCUCAAAAACUUUGAUUUCUUUUUUUCUUUCAACUGACUCUUUUUGAAAUAACUCAAUAUUGGAAAAAGAUUAAGUCUAAGAGAAAAAAAAAUGGAGCCAAAAGUUGGCAACGAAAGGCAGAAGUUGGGGAGCGGCUCUGCCAAACGGAAUAUGCUUUCAAGUUGUGUGCUGCAUCGUGUUUAUAUGAACAGUAACUGACUCUUGCAGAUAUCGCGCAGAAUGUCCAGUUUGUGCGAAUAGAAAAAAGAAGCCGCGCGCAGCACGAGGUCAAAAAGCAUAUGUUUGAAAACAUUGUUUAUGUUUUGGUCGGGACCCAGAAAAGUUGUUUUUUUUCUCUAAAUUACUAGGCAAAAAAAAAACAUAGUCUCCGGGCUCCAGUUACAGCAUCUUUUAUUAUAAUCAGCUAGUCAGAGUGCAACUGGAUGAACAUUGCACAGAAAAAGUUUCAAACUGCGUUUGAAUUAGGGAACGAAAAGAUGCUGCUAACUGAGAUUUAAAAAAAAUUGAAAAUGAGCAGAAAAGCCUGCGCAGAACAGAAGACUGCUCGCUAAAGGAAAUUACCUACGAGGAAUCCAUUAGAAGCCUCGAACCAUGUCCAUUUCAUUGUAUCCUCGUCGACCAGACAGGUGCAACCGGCGCUCCGAUUGGGUGCUUUGCCGCCACCGCUUCAUGAACACUUUCUGCAAGUUUUGGCAAAAGUUGAGAAAAAGAUAUUUCGACACUUAAAAAAAUGUUCAGCUGGAACGACACAUUUUUUUUUCUCAAAGCUUAUAUCUACACGAAAUUUCAUUAGAAACUGUUAUUUUAAAUAAAAAUGGCAGAGCCGAGAAGAGAACAUGCAAGGUUAAAAAUUUUGCAACUUUCAAUUUCCAAUUUUUCCAAAAUAGAUUUCUUGCAAUUUUCCUUUAAAAAUGCCUCAUUUUACAGAUUUCUACUCGAUGUUGAUGAAGAGAAGGAUCACACAGGGCGCCUCGAUCGAUAGAGUUGGGUCAUUCGUUGGCGACCUUUGCUGUGGUGGACGUUGUCUUCAAACCGCUGACCUAGUUCAUUUUUCGUUUUCAUAAUUCUUCGUUUUCUUCUUCUUGCCCCGUGCCGAAUUUUUCAAAAUUUAAAAAAAAAAAUCCAUAGAACAAUUUUUGACUCGAUGUUUUUAAUGUUUUUUUUUCUUUCAGGAGUGGCUAUGAUCACGGUAUUACUACAGUUUUUGUCGCUCAUUUCAUUGGCACGGUGCGAUUUGUUCACAUCUGUGGCCGACAUGCAGUCUCUUUUGGAAACGGAGCGAGCAAUUCCACAAAUGCUUGGCAAUUACCUGGAUAAGGAAGAAGCACGGCUGGAAAAGUUGCGGAAGUGAGCUUGAUAUUUCGUUCUUUUCCGGUAUUUCGGGAAAAAAAAAGUUAGCAAAUCCUCAAAUUAGUUCAAAUUUGGCAUUUGUUUUCGUCCGUUCUAUAAUUUUUUUUUUAACGUGGUAAACUUGCAGAGAAAAAAAUUUUCCAAAAAAAGAGUUUUUUUAUUAUUUUCUGUGUGAAAUUUUGAACAUUUGUCUGUUUUUCGUUUUUCAAACGUGGAGAACAUAUGCUUAAAAAGGGUAAAAAAGUGUAGACAGUUUGACAAAGAUUCAGAUUUGAAUUUUGUGAGAACUAGCUCAUCUUUAACUCUAAAUAGCGAGAUUUUCUAUGGCGUGUUCAUCGAACAAAACAAAAGUUGCUUCGAAACGUGAAAAAGUUGCUCCAAAACAACAAUUAGUACUGUUUUGGAGCAACUUCGGCGCGCCGAUGAACACGAUUUUUCGUUUGAAAGCAUGUUCCGUUUCUCCGAUGAACACGCCACUAAUUAAAAAAAACUCCCACAAAAAUUGUCAAAAUGUGUAUUUCGAGGCUUGCGGCCGCCUACAAUCAUCGUAAUGAAAUGUCGAUUGUCAACGGGCUCAAAGACAUUACCAACCCCAUCAACGCCUUUCUGAUGAUCAAGAAAAAAGUUAAUUGGGCCAAGUUUUUGGAUAAUCGGCUAACCAUUUUGAGAUUUUCGAUUGGAAAAGUAUUGAAAACUUGAUGAGCAGCAAUGAAGCCGACAGUUUUAUUCAUGACGUGGUCAGCGGUGACAAUUACGGCGUAAGGUAUCCGACGGAAGAGGAUUUAUCUGGAGCUGCAACGGGACUUUUGCGUCUCCAAGACACGUAUCGUUUGGAUACGAAGGAGAUUGCAGACGGACGCAUAUACAGUGACCAAGGCAACUAUACUUUUGAUGGUGGGUUUGAAACCUGAAAAUGAUGCUUUGGAAACGGACUUGCUCCCACUUGUGACAAAAAGACGCAAAAUUGAAAAAAAAAACAACUCAUCCAGAGCAUACAUGGGCUAACCAACUAGUUUUUGUGACGUCACCACGUACCCCCUUGAAAAAGUACGUACUCACUCGCGGGUAACUUUCGAUGUGAAAUGACUAUUAAAGUUGAGAUUAAAAUUAAAUGGGACUAUUAUCUUUUUUUCGCGGUUAUUUGACAGUAUAUUCAGCUAGAUGUCAAUACUCCAAAACAGAAAUCAUUCAACUGUUAUCUUACUCCCCCGUACUCCCCCAAAAUCCGAAAACAGAUCUGUUUUCCAUGUUUUUUUACAUUAUGAAGUGAGUUUUAUGAUCUGGCCGAGUUUCAGGCCUUUUGGACAAGUUUUGGGAAUAAUAAUUAUUUUGGGCCACUCUAAAGUGAUAUUUUAAAUUUUGAAAUUUUGGCUCAAAAUCAUUACUACCCUUGAUCUUACCAUAACUGAGGGAUAAUUUUCGAAUUUCCAAGCCUCCGGACGUUUUUUGACCUAGUUACAGUGUUUCAAAGUUUUAUCACUUGACGGUUUGCGUUUUUGGUUAUCAAAAAAAUCUAUCUGUUUUCAUUUUUUUAUCAUACAUUAUGAAGUGAUUCCAAAUUGUAAAUUUGAAAAAUCUACAUUUGCAGUGGCCCAAAAAAAUUAUUCUUCUCAAAACUUGCUUAAGUUUAAAAUUGAUUGUCAGUUCAAAAAAACUGUGAAAUUCGAGAAAUCAUUUUUCCUGGGGGUCAGAUUUUGAUUUAAUAUUUUUAUUUUCCAAACGGCUGAAAAAUCGGUGAGCAUGUAUAAUUUAUCUGUCGGUAGCAUUUGAACUAGAAUUCAGGUCGAUUAAUCAUUUCUGGAAUUUUUUAUAAAGCGUUUUCUACGAUUUUCCGCGAUUUCAUCUACCUUUCGGAGCUAGGCAAGAAGAUUGAAUGUGAAAAAAAACCCUGUUAGCCCAUGUAUGAUCCAGAGCUGUACGCGGGCCAGCAGAGGCCAGCCGAUGGCUACCCAUACAAUGCGAUGCGAAGGGCCCAGCCGAGUCGGCCAUGGGAACGCGCUAUUGUAAGUUGUAUUUGGGAUCUCGCAGUUAUUAAUAACUGCGAGAGUAAUUACUCUACUGAAAUCGUGCAAAGUGCAGUGCCUAUGCUGGCAUUCCGCAAAAAAAGUUGCAUGCAUUCUGCAGAUCAGAGCUUUGCAUUUUGCAUUUCUUUUUGGGCUCACUUUUGUACAGACGAGAAAAAGUGCAAAAUGCGAGGUACUUCUGUGCAAAAUGCAAAUCACGGAUUUGCAAAAUGCUGGAAGCUUUUUUGCAGAAUGCCGCCAUAGGCACUGCACUUUGCAAAAAUUCUGUAGAGUAAUUAUAUGAAAAACGAAGAUAAAAUAGCGCUGCGCGUUUAUUUGGCUAACAGGGCUUGCCAUCUAUGCGUCACGAGUUUGGCCGAGCUAGCUCGGUGGUGCGUUGCGACCUACCGGGCUGGCCAGCCUUCAAAUUAGCCCUCCUCGUGCAUAGUUCUGUUUUCACCUUUCAAGAACUGAGAAAAAUAUAAAAAUGACAAGUAAGUCUUGCAUUUCAGCGCGAGAUUGCUUUGAAAUAGCAAGGGCCGCCUACAAUGAACAAGACUACUAUCACACGGUCAUGUGGAUGCAGGAAGCCAGAGAACGUCUUGCCAAAGAAGCUGUUCCUUCUGUUAACAUGGAAGACGUGUUGGAAUACCUGGCGUUCGCUCUUUACAAACAGGGCAAUCUCAAAUACGCCUUGAAGCUAACCGAAGAGCUCUUCCAAUUGAGUUGGUUUUUAUUGUUUGGAAAUUGAAAAAAAAAUCGAUUCGAAGCAAGAAGUUAAGAUCCUCUUCACUCGAGGGCCAAAGGAAACGUCAAGUGGUAUGAGGAUUUGCUGGAGCAAGAAGGUGUUCGUCGAAGCGAAAUGAGACGAAACUUUGCUGCCAUCGUCAAUCGCCGGCCGGAAAGCGUGUUGGGCAACGCCGAACGGACAAUGUACGAAGCCUUGUGUCGCGGUGAAGUUCCUGUGGUUUGUCAUCUUUUUCCUAGAAAAAUUUGCGGCUGUCGAUCGAAAAAUUCCAUUUCUUUUUUUUGAAAGCUAAAUUUGGAUUUACACACAAUCAUUUCAUUUUUUUUUUACUAACGUGCAUUUUUUCGCCCAGAGCGAAAAGGACGUCUCCAAGCUCUAUUGUUAUUAUAAACGCGAUAGACCAUUCCUCGUUUAUGCUCCUAUCAAGGUGAAACUUUUCCGUGCCUAAACACACGUUUAAUUCAUUCAUUUAAAAUCCAGGUCGAGAUAAAACGGUUCAACCCACUUGCAGUCCUUUUCAAAAACGUGGUCAGUGAGGAUGAGAUGGAGCGGAUCAAAGAGCUUGCCAAACCAAAGGUCCUGGGAUACACUCAUUUUCUGUUUCAAACCCAAAAAUAAAUGCCUUUCAGCUGGCAAGAGCGACCGUGCACGACGCAGCCACGGGUAAACUGGUCACGGCAACGUAUCGCAUCAGCAAGAGCGCUUGGCUCAAAGGUUGGGAAGACGACGUCGUGGAGCGCGUCAACCGCCGCUUGGACCUUAUGACCAACCUCGAAAUGGAGACCGCCGAAGAGCUGCAGGUUAAUAUAAUCUAUAUAUAUAUAUAUAUAUAUCUAUAUAAUAUAUUAAUAUAGAUUAACUCUGCAAAGAUGGUCUUUGAGUCGUUUUGACAGAUCAAAGUUUUGACCAUUGGAUUCAUAAUGACAUUUCGAGAUAUCAAAUUUCGAUAUUUCAUUUAAAAUGAUCUCUCAUUAUAAAUGACAUGUUGAUCUGUCAAAUAAAACGUUACAUUAUUUAGACAUGUCAACUUUUCAUUUAGCCAAUAUGUUAACAUUUCAUAUUUUAGGUGACAUGUUAUUAGAAUUUUGACCAAAAGAUUGGUCGAAAGAUCAUUUUUUCAUACUCUGAUAUAUAUACACUGCGCGUCAUAGUUAAAGGCGCACCUCAGUUUUCGCAGUUUUCAAAAGAUAUUUUGAACUUUCUGCAAUUAAACCUAUUUUUCCAUAAACCUUAGCUAAAUUGACUAACAUCGGAAAGAGAACUACAGCAAACUCAGUGCAAAAAAGUUUCGAAUUUCGUCAAAAAAUAGUUUUUUGACAGGGUCCUAAUUAUAGACGCACCCUGGGUCAGCGCUCAUUUUUUACGUGUGUUGGAACUUUCGUCUUUUUUUUGUUUCAAGUCAACACUCAAGUGAGUAGGACCACACAGCAUUUUAAGCAACUCGAGAUCUAGCAAUUUCAUUUUCGUACCAUGCGAGAAGCGAAAACAAUCGAAAGUUUCAAAAUGACCUCUUCUCAAACUAUCGGGGGCUUAAAUCUGAGUUCGCGCAUGAACGUAAUGAAGUUCUUCAGAACAAUAACUGAAAAUUUUGAGAUGAGAAAAUUCUUGUGCGGUUCUAAAAAACUCUUUGAAUCAGGUGUAUUUAUUUUUCAUAGAACACCUGGCGUUAGUAAUCAGAAAGAGUUUCGAGGAUUUUAAAUUCUUUUCGACCGUAUGGAAGUGUCCUGUUUUCUUUUGCGGAACCGAUUUCUAAAACAGAAAAAGAGUAAAACUUUGCUCGUUAGGAGAUUCAUGAACUUUCAUUAUUUUUAUGUUUCCAAUGUAUGAUAAAACUGGCUAGAAUCAAAUUCACUUAGUUCAGAAAUCAAAUUCACUUAGUUUUUUUUUGUUAGUUUUGGGUAAAAUUAACGCUUUCGGUGAUUGGGAAAAGUAAUGGUCAGGGUGAGCAGAAUCAUCCGAUUUCUUGCUUCUUUCUUGGUGGUCCAGUUGUCAGUCCAACAAAGGAUUUAUCUCAAACUCAAACUAGUUCAACCAUAUAAAUAAAAUAAUCGAAAAUAAUAUAUAAAAAGCGUCAAUAAACAUAAAAUUGCGAAAAAAAAACUAAAUGAAACAAAUGUUGGCGGCUGGCCGCUGGGAACAGCGCGGAACUUUUUGGUUGAACGUUUGGAAAGGAUAUAUCCGUAAACGUUCGAAAAUUGGAAAAGUUUAUUUUUUUUUUGAACGGUCAUUUUUUGAACGUUCGGUUUUGAGAAAACCUUAAACCUUUGUUGAGAAAUCGGUUCAGAUUGCCAAUUAUGGUAUCGGCGGUCACUACGAUCCUCAUUUUGAUCACGCGCGCAAGGAGGAAACCAAGUCUUUCGAAUCGCUUGGAACCGGCAACCGCAUUGCCACUGUUCUUCUCUACGUGAGUACACAUUUUCCCUUCUCGAAAAAAAAAUGAUUUGCAGAUGUCGCAGCCGCGAUUCGGAGGUGGCACCGUUUUCACCGAGGCCAAGUCGACAAUUGCACCGACCAAAGGCGAUGCCCUUUUUUGGUACAAUCUUCAUAGGCAAGGAGACGGAGACUCUAGGACUAGACAUGCUGCCUGUCCAGUUCUUGUCGGCAUCAAAUGGGUUAUUUAUUUUUUUGUUCAGCAGUUUCAAUAUAAUUUGGGGUAUACAAUUAUACGAAAUCAAGCGUAAUUUGAAAAGUAAACCCUUGUCGCCAUCAUGGGGGAGCCACGAAACAAAUGGAUUUGGGUCUCCCCCGCAGUUUUUCAAAAUUUAAUCAACCUGAACUCAAAAAAAGUUUGAAAAUUUAAUCCACGAAAAAUUUUUUAACUGAAAAACACAUUCCUAAAUAGCCUGCAAAAAACGCUUGUGUUUUAUUGUCAAAAAAAGCCACUAGCGAUAUUCAGACCUCAAAAGGUUAGAAAUUUCAUUUAAUCAAAAUAGGAUUUCUGAAGCUUCUUAAGGUGAUGAUGAGUUAUUUUCACAGAAAGGCACUCAAUCUGGGAAUGUUUUUUCAGAUAAAAAAUUGUUGAUGGAUUGUAUUUUCAAAAUUUUUUUGACUUCAGGUUGAUUACAUUUUGAAAAACUGCGGGGAAACCCAAAUCCUUUUGUUUCGUGGCUCCCCCACGAUGGCGACUAGUGUUUCCCAAGUUUUGUUGGCGUCCGAAGGAUGCCUUGAAAUUUUUUAA